UCUUGCUCCUGGAAGGACUGCCUUCGAGAGGUAGCUUUCUUAACAAAAUGUCUAGUCGCCCUGGUCUUCAAUUCCUUCUGCUUUUCCAUCUUUUUGGCCUCAAUUUCGACUCUUUUGGCUUCCCUUUCCUUCUGCUCUUUUUCUUGAAUUCUUUGUUUCUCCUCUCUGAUGCGAUCUCUUCUCUUAAGCUUCCAAAUAUUCUUGUUCUUGUUCCUUCGUGUCCUAAAUAUGGGGAAACAAGUUGUAGAAACUGGCCGAGGUUCCCCAAUGAAGGUCAUGUAUUUGGCAUAAAGAAAGUCAAGAGUAUUUUUAUAAGCAUCGAAAGAAGUAGCGUCUUGUAAUUCACUCUUAUCUUUGAUCCUUUUCCUCUUCUUGUAUCUCCUGCGUUUCUUCUGAGGAGUAUGGAGCAGCGGGAUCUCACAGUUAUUUGUAUAUUCUGAAUCUACUAUCUGCUGGUUCAGCAGAUUUCUCAGGAGAAUUCAACCCAGCUCUUUUCAUAUAUGCCUUUUUAGCAGAAUCUGUUACAAAUCGUGAGGCUUUGUAGUAAUCAGUAAGUUUACUCUGAGAAUACUUGUAUUUUUGAAUUUCCUCACUGAAAGAGUCCUCGUUGCUCUCGUUGUCUGAAUCUGGCAGAUAGACCUUGCGAUAGUUCUCAUAGCUAUUUGAUAUAGCUUUACUGGUGUUCCCGAUCCUGAGUUUUUGUUCAAUAAGUUUGAUAUAGGCAACCAACCAGCUCUGUUGAUUGGCUAUCUCGAAUUCAUCAAAUUUAAGAAUGCUUUUAGGUCCAGGUUUUGUUUUAGGUAAACUCUUGUUGAACUUCUCCAAGUCUUCAAUCAUCUUUGCUUUCAGUGAGGCUCACUUUCUUGAGAUCUGGUAGUUAUCUUUAUCAAGGAGUAGAGUGUUCGUUCUGAUCAGGUUCCAAUCUGUAAAACCAAAAAUAUAUAAAGCUUUGAGAAGCUGAUGGGUCUCUAGUAGGUUCCAACUAUCCUUUCUCCUCUUGAAUUUUGACAACAAAUCAGAGCUCUCUUGAAGAUUUUGAGUGUUUUUAGAGGUCUUUUGAAUCUUUUUACUGUUAUUAUAAUUCCCCGGUUGUAUACGAGGCUUUGAAAUUUUAAGAUAAGGCUUUGCAUUCUCAAAGUAGAUCGAGCUAGUAACACUUCUCAAGGUCCUCAUUAACACAAUUCAAAAGCUCUUCUUCAUCGAAUGAUUGCUUCAGUGGUCAAGAUCCUUCCUCUACUCUCAUCAGUAGUGACUUAAUCUCAUAAGGAUCAGUUCAGGUUUUCUUAUAAUAUUUUAUUCUUCCGUGGUCAUCAGCCAGGAGUGCCUCUACGAGACUAUCUGUGGAAUCUAUCAAUGGGCUUGAGUUUGAGACACUCGCUAGGUCAUCACAGAGGUCAUUAAAACUGAGUAAACUCUUUGCAAAUAUCCUCGUCUUCAAUAUUGUCAGCAUACACUUGAAGUCUCUGCUGUAACCGAUGCUGAUGAUGUGCAAGAAAUUCAUGGUCAAACUGCUUCUGGAUGCAGUGCUUGAAGUCAUCAGUCCCAUAAAACUCUUGCUGGAGGUCUUUCUCACCAUCCUCAAGGAUCUGGCGACAUCUUUCGCCUGUCAUGCCAGGAUGGAUCUCUGAAGCGAUUUUAUCAAAAUCUAGGUGAGGGUUAAGGUCAAAUUCUUCAUAUCAUUGUGUAAUCAUCCUAAUCAGAGCUUGAAGCUUAUGCUUCUCUGUAUAAAUCUGCAGUCGUUUGUUCAGCUUUUUGCUGACUAUCACCUUAAUUCCCUCAAGCUCAUCUUUAUUCUCAGGGAGAUGGGCAUCUCGAUAGGGAACUUUGGGAAAACCGGGAUCAAAUUUAACCUUCUUG